AUGUCGGAGAUGCUAGACUUGAGUGAUCUAGCCUUAUUGGCUUGCACAUGUCGCGAAUGGAAUGCUUUGAUAAUCCCAUAUCUGUAUGACACAGUACAAUUUCAUAACCCCGGCCGUAUUGAGGGAAAUGACCCACUGCAGCUGAAAUUGGAUCUCUUCGGAGACCCACGAUGCACCAAUCUCAAGCACACGCAGCGGUUGUUGGUUACAGGAUCCUGGUACGAUAUCUACCACGAGAUUGAAUCGAACCUAGGCUCCCAGAGCAUGCUUUCACCAGCUGCAAGAAUGCUUAGCAAUAUCAUUGCUUCCUGUGUCAUCCGAAUGCCGAAUCUGAAGGACUUCAAUUGGGAUCUAGCCGUAUCCCCUACUCAACAUCUCGUCACCACCGUAAUAUUCACGCCAACUCUAGAGAGAGUGCAACUACGCCUAGGCACUGACAGCACGCCUUCACCUUAUUUUCACCCGCCGCUGGCAUUCUGGCCUCCAAUCAACGUCAGAACUUUGACUCUGAUCCAGAUUGACGACGAGUCGGUCUUGCAGUCGAUAGGAGCGGUUCUCCGAACCGCCACUCGCCUGAGAGAGUUGACCAUGUGGGCUGAUGAAGAUAGCAUGCUACGCUUUAGUGAAGUCUCCAGCACAUGGUGUGACCAGGUCCCAUUUCAAUUGACAUCUCUGGAUCUCCGAGGAUUUGUGGAUUUGGGGCGACCAUCAUGUGCGCUGUGGAGUUUGCUUUCACCAGUCAAGUUGAGGACAUUGACCUUGAAUAUCGGCCCGGAUUUUGAUAUUGCUGACUUAUCAGGGUUCUGGGAUGAUUCAGUCGUGGCCAAUCUUCGACCCAAACAACUAACUACGAACCUGGUGAUGAAUGGGCUGAAGGAUUUUAUAAAAUCAUUUAGUGGUCUGGAGGCCUUUGUUAUCACUUCGCCGACUAUCGCGUGUGUGGCGGAGCGUCUCGAUCUUCUGCUAGAAGCUUUGGGAAAACUACACUCAGCGACGCUCAAGGUGCUCUCCAUCGACCCGCGAAGAGCCUUGGCAAAACAUCUCCUGGACGAUUCAUUGUUGAAACAAUCUGUGAACCGGUUUACCAAUAUUGAAGAAUUGCGAUUCGGAAUGGUGAAAGCUGUGCCAGAACAUACCAUCCAAGCAAUGCUGGGAUUUCCCCAAAUCCGGAUACUAUAUGUGGACUUGAUCGAAAAUUCUACAGAGGAGAGGUUUAUCGACCUGGAACGAUACCUGCUGCAUUUGCUGCAAAAAGGGAUGGCCAAGAACCUCAAGUACUUUAUGUUUGAUGACGGUCCCCUGUUCAAAGUUCUCCGAAAGCCGCUUCGGGUGAGCAAAGAGGCCUUGCCAAUAGGGUUCAUUCACAAUACUUUCCUAUUUGGAGAAGGGGUCUUUGGUGGAGGAGCUGUGCCCAUGCCUAAGGCUACGCAAACUCUGCCGAUCUCUGUCUCCAUGAACGACGCAUAUCUCUCCAUUACUGAAUUAUAG